UCACGGUUGUGCGCAUGUUGAGAAGAGUUCAUAGAGCUCCAAGGUGACAAACUCGUAAUCCUGUCAAAGCUCUCUCAAAAGGUUUAAAAAAAGAAUUGUAGAGAUUGAUUUCUUUACAGCAAAAAUUAUUGGAGUGGAUAGAGAAGCCGUGGUUGAGCUUCGAAAGGUGAAAGCAGCGAAACCCUUUGUUUUUAGUCAACUCGCAACAUGCUUUUUGGACAAGUAGUUAUGGGCCCAGCUGGGUGUGGCAAAAGCACGUACUGUUUUACUCUUCAGCAGCGCGCUCUCGAUAGUGCACGAAAUGUUAUUGUUGUCAAUCUAGAUCCUGCGGCCGAAAACUAUAGCUAUUCUGCUUACGCUGAUAUAAGGGAGCUCAUUUCUGUUGAGCAUGUAGAAGAAGAACUUACCUUGGGUCCGAACGGUGCCCUUGUUUAUUGCAUGGAAUAUUUAUUAGAAAACUUUGAAUGGCUUGAAGAGAUUCUCUGUGGCCUUUUGGAAGAUGAUUAUGUGAUAUUUGAUUGUCCUGGCCAGAUCGAAUUGUAUACGCACUAUUCUUUUAUGAGAGACUUUACCGUAGCCUUGAAGCAGCUGGGUUUUCAACUUUGCGGAGUUUAUUUACUGGACUCCCAAGUUUUAUGCGAUCCCAACAAAUAUCUGGGAGGUUGUUUGUCAGCAUUAUCCACCAUGUUGCAACUAGAGAUACCACAUGUGAACAUUCUUACUAAGAUGGAUUUAGUAAAGGGUGAUACUUCAGACAACUUUCCGGACGAAGAGGAUGACAAUUUUAUUUGUCCGGAUAUGACACAACUUUUGGAAGCUUUAUAUGUCACUGUCCCCCAAAAGUUUUAUCGUUUGAACCAGGUUUGCUCAAGUACUUUUAGAGGCUUUAUUGAUUACUAGCCUUUUACAUAGGCACUUUCGCAACUCAUCGAAGAUUACUCUUUGACGCAAUUUAUUCCUCUCAAUAUCCAAGAACCGGAAAGCAUAUCGUUUGUUUUUAGCCAGAUUGACCAAGCUAUUCAGUAUGGAGAAGAUGCUGAAGUUCGUGAUAGUG